AUGCCGUGGUAAUACAAAGUAAAUUGUAAAGCCAUUUUAUAGCCGACUUGGAAUGCUUCAUCACAGAGGAUUAUGAGUCUUAAUGCUUAAAAAAGAUUGAUAGAAGCCUUCCUACUAUACUUUACCCAGGAUAUCAAUGCUCCCAGUCAGGAAGUCUAGGCACUUGUGCAUUUGGCUAGAGAUAGUAAGCCUUAAUUAAUUCAAUUAACAUAUUAAAGUUGCAAUAAUAAUGCCUAGUGCCAAGGAUUUUCUUUGUACAGUAAAUGCAGACGAUCAUCAGAUUGCCUAUUUGGGCAUUUUUGUAAUUUCGGUUAUUGUGUGCCCACACUUUCUAUUGGAUCUUCUUGUAAUUCACAUGAGGCCUGCGGAAGAGAAGGUCUUUGUGUAUUCGGCGAGACAACAUCUACAUUAAGUGCUUUUGGUACUUGUAUUGAAAUGUUAUCAGUAGAUGCUGACACUACUAUUAUGAGGAAAAUUUCAGACCAAUACACUUAUCAGAGUGACAUUGACAAAGUAUGUAGGACAUACUGGGCUAAGCCUUUAAAUGGGACAUGUGGCAAGUAGUACACAUCUACAAGAGCUGGUAAGCCUUGCCUUUCAGAUGCAGAUUGUCCAACCUCAGAUUCAAAUACCUUUGCAAGAUGCAGAUGUGGAUUGUCUACAAAAGGACUAAAGUACUGUGACAUUGAAGGGGGUGAUGAUUUAUGGCUAGCUGCAGCAGCCUCUUUUUCAUCGUAUCAAGAUCACUCUUUGAAUUGCCACACUGCUGAAAGUUUUGGCCCUUGUCAUGAACCAGCUCUUUAUAAAGAUUGGAAAUGCAAAGAAAUGAAAGCAGACCUGUACGUUUAUUAGAUUGAUAACCCAAUAUGUCUAAAUGACAUGAUGAAGUAUCAUCCAGUAAAAGACACAGUAACGUUGGCAGUUGUUCUAGCAUUGCUUGGACUAUCAGCAAAUGCUAUAGACUGGCAAAAUUUGAAAAUUCCUGGUUUCCAAUAAACUAAGGUAAACAAAGUUUCGGGUCGUCCAGUAACUUAGUAGACUCCUGAACUCCCAGAUGAAUGCUAUAAGUUCAGACUCAGUGAGAUCGAAGCUGAUAAAAAUCAUCCAUGCCAUCCAAAGAUAAUACUCUAGAAAGCAAAUUAUCCAGGGGGAUAGGUCUAAACUGAUGCUCCUGUUAUUGGUAUUCUGGUGCAACCAUACUUAAAUAAGGAUGAUUCAGGGGAUUCACACGAUAAUAUCGAUGAUUUUUAAGGAACUUAUAUACCUUCAGCUCAUGUUAAAUUACUUGAGGCUGCAGGUGCCAGAAUAAUGCCUGUUAACUAUAGAAUGGAUAAAAAUGAAUUGGGGAAACUCUUAAAGCAGUUAAAUGGUAUCUACAUUCCUGGUGACUCUGAAAAAGUCCUCUCAAACAAAAAAUACAUGGCUUGUGUUGCACAAAUUUUAACGUUUGCCUAAGAUUUAAAUGCUAAAUCCAUUUCUCACUUCCCUGUAUUGGCUAUCUCGUAUGGCUAUCUUGCUCUUAUAUAAGCAUUAUCCAAAGGAGAUAGUAAAAUCGAAGAUAUGCCAGAAGAAUAUGUUCAAAAAUCAGUUUAAGUAAACUUGAAAUAUGAUGUGCAAGAUACAUUCCUAUACGAUGGAAGAACUCAUAAAGAAACUGAGGAUAUGCUAGAUUAAAUUUAUUUCUUCAAUGAGCUUGACGUCAACAUUAAGCUUGAAAACUUCUUUACCAGCAGUUACAAUCAAGUGAGAAAAAUACUUGCUCCUAUAGUAACCUAUGAUGAUAAUAGAAAUAAUCAAAAUAGAGAAUUCAUAGCUGUUGUUGAAGGAGUAAUUCUUCCUAUAUGGGGCAUUGCUUUUAGCAUUGAAAAAGUGAUCUAUAGCAUCGACUUUGUACUUUUAGAUAAGGUUGAUCAUAGUCAAUAUGCCGUACAUGAAGCCCACAGAAUCGCUAAUUUCUUUGUUGAUGAAGCAAAAUUGAGUGGAAAUACGUUUACUAACAGAAAGAAAGAGCAGAAAAUGCUUAUUCAAAAUUUCUAAGCUAACCUUGCCUAGAGAGAUAUGAUUCAAGAGAACGGAGACAACCAUGUUGUCUAGAUGUAUCUGUUCGAAUGA